AUGCCUAUUAAGUUACCGAAGAGCUUCGCUCGGCGAAAGUCAUCAGGCAAUAUUCUGGAGGAUGUAGAAACCCAACCGCAAUCCUCCUUUCGGGUCUUUGAGCGCCCAAGCGCCGAGCGAUCGAUGUCGGACGGUGCUCCACUGAGCAAACGUUUCAGUGAAGGUAAUGUGGUGCCAUCGGCUCUGGAGGAUUCAGACAACAUCUUUGCGGGGACAGAGCAAACCCUGGGCAAGAACCGUGGUGCGACAAACUAUGAGAGCUCGACUUCUACCCGACUUAGCUCCUCAUCCACCCAACCUUCCUCCACGGAGAUUGCCUCGCCCGAAGAUGCUUCUCCACAUUCCCGAAUGCAUGACAUCCCCGUUCCACCUCCGAUCUCUGCGGGAGGACUACGUGCUGCUGCAGGCAGGACCUUUUCGUUCGGCGCACGAUUCUCCAAGUCAUCUGCUCCGGCUCCACCACGGCACGCUACUCCGGAACAAUCCACAAGACAACGAGCUGUGAGCGGCACUACGGAUGAAACAGCCACCCCGCCAAAGCUCACCGACGAGGAUUUCAGCUUGGGAGGUGAUGAUUUUGGAAAGAUGUUCGAUAAUGUAGGAAAGCGUGAGAGUGUUUUGAUGCGAGACCCUUCCCCUCAGCCGGCCAAUAAGCUAUCUUCCACUCCGCCAACACAAGCCCUGCCAGACUUCUACAACACCAGCCGUGCUGCACGACCUCCACCAAUUGAUAUAGAUCGAUCAGCGCCUGUCGAGCCUCCCCCUCACUCGUGGACUAGCCGUCACUCAGAAGAGGGCUUGCUUAAUAGCCCCAGAGAGAACGACAGAUAUUCGCCCGCUCAGUCUACUCCUGAAACGGUGACUGGAUUCCGUCGACAAUCCCCAGCUCCAAACCAAAUGCUUGGUGCUACCACCUCUCACCGGGCUUUAGAUCGACCGAAAAGACAAUCGGACAUGGGAUUGCGACGAAGUAUAAUUUACUAUGGGGACCGAGACUCCACUGCUAUUGACGAUGAGGACGCUGCGAUGGUCAAAAGCUCCCUUAUGUGGAGCAAAGAGAGCAGCUCUCCCCCGACACACAAUGGAGGCAUUUCUCCGUCCGGCAGCACCCCACUGCUCAAGGGCCAUGCGACUAGCCCUGCACACGUUAGCCCCGAGCCGGAAUCAAUGUUCUCACAUACAUUCUCGCCUGCUACAAAUGAGCACUUGGAAAAUGCACGCCUUGCGGUUCAACUCGCAGAGAAUCUACCCAAGACGGCGUCUCCUGGCAAUAAGGUGAUGACUCCGUCCCAAUUUGAGCGUUAUCGCCAGCAACAAGAACUCCGUCGUUCAAACAGCGAUGCGUCUGAUAGUGAGGAUGACUCGGAUCAUGAUGAAUUUGAUGAACAAGAUGAGGCCGAAAAGCAGCGUGAGGCGGCACUGCAGCGACGGAAGCAAGAGGCUCAUUUGUCCGUAUAUCGCCAGCAGAUGAUGAAAGUGACGGGCCAGCAAGCUCCUUCACCAUCGCUCCGUCCGGUGAUGAGUGGUGCCAGCAGCAGCACUCCUAACCUUCCCAUCCACCUGACUAGCGUAGGUGACAGGUCCUCAAGCGGUAAAAGCCAUGAGGGUGAUGAUGAAGAUGUUCCGUUGGGUAUUCUUGCUGCUCAUGGUUUUCCCAAUCGCAACCGCCCGCCCGCCCGCCUAGCAAACGCAAGCUCUAACCCGAACCUUCGUGCCUCUAUUAAUCCGUAUGCGUCAUCUUCCAGCUCACUCGUGGGUGCCGAGCAGGACCAACGGGGCAGCUUGCCCGUUUUUGCUAGGAACCUCCCGCGGGAUCCCUACUUUGGGGCUAGUCUGGUCAAUUCGACAAACAGAGAGUCUUUAGCUAUGGGCGGUGGCUCAGUAUAUGGCAGUCCUGCCUCUUCGCCGGGGCCUCCUGGAGGUCUCAUUGGAGUGAUUGCGCAGGAGGAACAAGCACGGGCUAUGAGACGAGGCAGCCCAAAUACUCAAGCGAUGUACGAUAUGGGGGCUGUACCCCGACCAUUCUCCAUGAUGCCACCACCCCAGCAAGCAAUGAGUCCAGCAGAGCAGGCUCAGGCUCAAUUGUCUGCCCAGAUGUCCGACAUGAUGAACAUGCAGAUGGAGUGGAUGCAGAAGAUGAUGGCCAUGCAGGGCAUGCACGGCCCCCCACCCCCCAUGAUGCAAGGCGGUAUGGCAACACCCCCUAUGAUGGGCGGUGGACCUAUGCCAGGAGCUCCUAUGGGCCCGCCCUCCAUGGCUGUUCCUAUGUUGACCGGUCCAAUGAUGGCAGGCUCUCCUUCGAUCUCUGGUCAUUCUAACAUGAGACCAGUCUCCAUGCCGGGACUUGCACCCAAUGCUCCCAAUUUUGAUCAACGUACUUUAAGCAUGAUCGAUCCAAAUAUUGCCAUGCGUCGGACUGGUUCACCAAUGCCCAACCUAUCUGGCGGGCCUUAUCAUCAAACCUCCCCAGGAUACGCUCCAUCGAUUGCUCCAUCCGAGCGUAGCAACGCAGGGCUAUCAUCUCGAUACCGCCCCGUCUCCGCCCUUCCGGGCGACCUCAACCACCAUGCUUCACCGCUGCAAAAGUCCUGGAACGAUGAAAACCGCCCCAAUUCUCACUUGCCUAUGUCCAAGUCAACAGGAAGCCUCCCUAAAACUACUUCCAUUGCUACUGUGACCAUCAGACCCGACUCGCAGUCUAGUCAAGCCGGCCCUGGCAUUCGAAAGGUGCAGAAUGCAUCGGACGAUGAAGACGAUGAUGAGGCCUGGGCCGAUAUGAUGAAGAAACGAGACAAGAAGAAGAGCAGCUGGAAAAUGAAGCGAGGAACUUCUUCUUUCGGGGAUCUGCUAAGUGUCGUGCAUUAA